AUGCUGUUCUCCCAAGCUGUUCUUUAUACCGUCGGCAUCAUGGCUUCCGGCGUGACUGGUUAUAAACUAGACUUCUACGACUUUGAUGGGCCGCCUGGCAGUGGGUGUGAGAGUGAUCAACUCGUUUGGCAGGAUACAUGGAGCAGUGAUACCAGCUCACAGUGUACCCCCUUCAAGCUGUCGGAUAAAGUGAAGUACAUCCGUAUCAUAAAAACCGACGAAAUCGAUAACGAGCAACAAGUCCUCUUCUCGAGCUCCGAUAACUGCGACCCCGCCAACGCCGUGCGUGUCCAGGAAGGUUGCUUCGAUAUCUCCGAAGCCUUCCCAGAUGCCAAAUCGUACCAAAUUGUCUCUCGCAACAUUGUUAAACACCCAGAGAAGACCGUUGACUCUUGGUGGACUCCUAAGGGUGACGCAUGGUCACCUAUCUACAUAUGGACCGCUACCGUCGCGGGAGUAACGGCAGUCAACGCGAUACGAUCAAGUCAUGGCGAACAUAUUGCAGCUACAGUUGGCAGACCACUGUGGGCAUUCGUCAGUUCACGCUUCAUCUCGUCGAUUCUGAUUGCACAAGUAUUUGCCACAGGAGCGGUGUACUUGAAGCAGAACUGGCUUUCCGGGAAUAAAGAUCAUAGACCUUGCGAGAAUGCGGAGUCCACGGUGAACCGCUUAGCCAAGAUUAUAAAGAAAAUUGCCCCGGUUGAUGAGAUUGAGGCUAUCAGGGCUACUAUUACUUUGAAGGGUGGAAGAACUAUGACCAUCUCGCACCAGGCUGUCGAAGAGAAAGUUGAAUAA